AUGACGGUUUCUAAAUAUUCAUAUAUUACGAUAUUCGUCGUUUUCUCGAUCAACUUCUUUCCCGGUCUUUGUUUCACGACAUUCGUGUUUGGAGACUCGCUCGUUGACGCGGGGAACAACGAUUAUAUUUUCACUCUUUCCAAAGCUGAUUCGCCACCGUAUGGUAUCGAUUUCAAGCCCUCCGGUGGCCAACCCACGGGAAGGUUCACUAACGGUCGAACUAUUUCAGAUAUUAUCGGAGAAUAUCUCGGAGCGGAAUCAUUUCCGCCACCGUUUCUAGCUCCAAAUACAGAAUCCGACACAAUAUUUACAGGAAUAAACUAUGCUUCUGGAGCUGCUGGCAUCUUGGAUGAAACUGGGUUCUUAUUUUUGGGGAGGAUUCCACUAAGGGAGCAAGUGAAGCAUUUUAAGGAGAGCAGAGAUUACAUAGUGAAAGUAAAGGGAGAGAAUGAAACAAUGAAGCUUUUGAAGGAAGCAAUUUUCUCUUUAACAUUUGGAUCUAAUGAUAUCAUCAACUAUUUCCAACCCUCCAUUCCAUUUUUCGGAUCAAACAAGGUAGCCCCGAGCGAUUACUUGGAUUAUAUGAUCUCCAAUUUAACGAUACACCUUAAGGAACUGCACGAGCUGGGAGCGCGGAAGUUCGUGGUGGUUGGAGUUGGUCCCCUUGGAUGCAUUCCAUUUGUAAGGGCAGUGCAGUUUGUAAGAGGUGAGAAAUGCUCUGAAGAAGUGAAUGAAGUGAUUGAAGCUUACAAUGUUAGGCUAAGUGGAUUGGUGGGUGAAUUGAAUCAAGAGUUUGGUCCCAAAACCAUGUUUGUCUAUGCCAAUUCCUAUGCUGUCUUCAUGAAGAUUAUUGUCAAUUAUCGACAAUAUGGGUUUGUGAAUGCAAAGCAGCCAUGCUGUGGUGCAUACUUUCCUCCCUUCAUAUGCUACAACAAGGGCCAAAGCCAAGACCAAAACAGAUCAUCAAGUUCUUUUUUGUGUGAUGAUCGAUCAAAAUAUGUGUUUUGGGAUGCUUAUCAUCCAACCGAAGCUGCUAAUAUCAUCAUUGCUAAAGAGCUUCUUGAUGGAGAUGAAACGAUUAGCACUCCUAUCAACAUUCGUCAGCUCCACGCCUAUCGCUUCUAAUGACGGUUUGAAUUGUGUUCGUGUUGGCCCGGUAACAUAUUA